AUGCCUUCGGAUUUGGCAAAUUACCUGGCCUCUCGGUACCUCGUCGCAGACCCCAAGCCUCGCUCCAAGAAGCGCAAACGAAAACAAUCUACAGCCAGUGGACUUGUCAUCACGGAUGACGAUGAUACAUCUUGGAGUCAACCAGAAGCUGCUGAUGAUAGGCAUGGAGAAGAGCUACCAUUUACGGUUCCCGGCACUACGUUGGAAUUCCGUAAAGCAGCCAAGAGCAAAUGGAAGAGUUUGGGUGACAUAGAGGGAGACACAGAUACGGCGGCCGCUGACGCAAUUCUCGCUUCGACUGCUGCGGAAAACGAAUCUAGACGGACCAUGGAUGAUGAAAUCCCGACAAUUGAGACGAACGAUGGGUUAGUUAUGAUGAGCGACGGUACCCAUGCUGGUCUCCAAAGUGCCGCUGCGGUGUCUGCUCAGCUCCAACGAAGACAAAGGGAAGAACGCAAGGAGUUUGAGCGUGACAGAAAAUUUGCGGAGGAAGAAGAAACCGUUUAUCGCGAUGCGACGGGACGGAGAAUUGAUAUAUCCAUGAAACGGGCUGAAGCCAGAAAAGCUGCUGCGGAGGCUGAAGAUAAGGCACAGCUAGCGAAACAAGCUCUCAAAGGGACCGUACAGAUGAACGAGGCGCAAAAACGGAGAAACCAAGUUGAAGAGGCGAAGCUCCUUCCAUUUUCUCGGAGCGCGGAUGAUGAAGUUAUGAACAACGAACUGAAGCAACAGGACAGGUGGAACGACCCAAUGCUUGAAUUUAUAAGGGAUAGGGCAAACAAAGGAAGGUCUCAACAGUCUGCUACAAGGCGCCGACCGAUGUAUGCUGGCGCAGCCCCGCCAAAUCGAUAUGGUAUCAAACCUGGGUAUCGCUGGGAUGGGGUCGAUCGAGGGACAGGACUUGAGACGGAGAGGUUUAACGCGAAAAAUCGGCGGGACAGAAUCAAGGGCCUGGAUUACUCGUGGCAAAUGGAUGAAUAG